AUGAUGUUUCCCACUGCAGGAAAGCGCUGCUUCACGAUAGAGUCUCUGGUCGCCAAAGAGAACCCUCUAACAACCGAGGAUCCCAUCCGUCCGACGGCGUUAAGUUACUCCAACCCGACGACAGAUGCCUUAAUGAACGGUUACCAGGCUCCACCGGCCAGGUCCCUCUACCAGAGCCCGGACCUGGUGUUCCCAGAGACGGUAAACCACCCCUCCCUCACGGUGGCUCCUCACCAGCUCGGAAGCUCUCACCUACAGCAUCCGCACUUCUUCGGGACGCAACACCGAGACCCGCUCAACUUCUACCCCUGGGUCCUACGGAACAGAUUUUUCGGACACCGGUUUCAAGGUAAUGAUGUGUCCCAGGACAGCCUGCUCCUCCACGGUCCUUUUGCCAGGAAACCCAAACGCAUCCGGACGGCCUUCUCUCCCUCGCAGCUCCUCCGUCUGGAAAGGGCCUUCGAGAAGAACCACUAUGUGGUGGGAGCCGAGAGGAAGCAGCUGGCGAACAGCUUGAGCUUAUCUGAAACACAGGUGAAGGUCUGGUUCCAGAACAGGCGGACCAAGUACAAGCGACAGAAGCUGGAGGAGGAGGGACCAGACAGCCAGCAGAAGAAGAAAGGAAACCACCACAUCAACAGAUGGCGCAUCGCUACCAAGCAGGCCAGCUCCGAGGACAUUGAUGUGACCUCGGAGGACUAAAACCUUGGUCCAGCCUCCGAUCAUGCUGCCCUAAACCCCGCGUCCCCUUCUGACGCUUCAGAGGACCAACACUAUUUAUUAUGUAAUAUUAUUAAGUAUAAUUAGACACAUUAGAGGAAGACACACACGGACUAAACAUGUGAUCACCACACAUCUCUUCGAGGUGCUAUACUCAGUGACACUGGAAAAAAAACCCAUCUUAUUUAAUGACAUCCAUCCUGAGUGAGACUGGAUGAGGAGAGAUCCUUCCAUUGUUUUUGAUCUUUGGUGUGUGACAACCAAAGAUGAAGGGAAACAACGUCAACCUCUAUCACAGUGUUUUCUUUUUUUUUUUUUUUUAUUGUACAUAGGCCACUUAUAAAGGUUGUUUUUGAAAGAGGCUAUUUGUUUCAUUAAAGCUGUUUUUACCACCUGCUUAAGUCAUUAACACCUCACUGCUCACCCCACCCACUCUGCCUCCUGUGCACCAUGUUAAUUUAAAUUUCUCCUCAAUGAGAAAGUGUUGUCGCACACUUUUAAUCCACCCAGUGAGUCG